AUGUCCGAAGACAACGAAUCUUGCGGCCAACGUCGCAAACAGAUUGAUGCCCUGCAACUUGGUCCCAGGAAAAGACCGAGUGCGACGGAUCCGCUGGUACACUAUGGACGUCAUUUCGGGCGGACAGUCCAUGCUCUUUGUAACUUCCAAGCCCUUCUCACGAACGGAAUUCUACGGAUGGGAGAAUUAGCCGGCAUUCCAGAGGAAAACUUUACUGCUGAGGAACGACGCGAGCAUCGUGUUUUUCAAGAACUUCUCAAGUCUGUGGCGGGCCUAGAAGAGCGUUUGAUGCAAAGCGGAGAGGAUGAGGUUGACAUCGUUGCAGAGCUCCUCACCAAAGGUGCAUCUGGCGCAAGGGGCGAUGAUACUAAAAGUCUCAAAGGCAGCGUGCUCGACUGGAUUACCCCGAAGGGACAGAAUCUUGUCCCACCUCUUGCUCGCAAUGUGAAAGUCGAUCGCGGUUUUCAUCAUGAACGGACAGGCGCGUUACUUUGUCCUGCUGGCCUCGACUGGUCUAACUCUGAAACGAAAGCUAAGCUACAAAGUGGUGAGAUCAUCGUGACUGGAGACCAGUGGCCGUUAUUCUUGUAUGCCGACUACCAUUACAAUCCUGAGGAUCCAUGGAAUGGUCUAUUUCGGAGUGCCUUGCUUGUUUACUCACAGGCAUAUAGACACGUCUUUACGUCCCCCAGUUCUGUGGACAAAGAACCGAAGGCAACUCGUUCAGGUAAUGCUCGCAUUCACGGGAUGACUCGAGUCACGCUGCCCUCCAUCGCCUAUAUUGCAACGCAGAUCCAAUUUGCCCUCACCUCAUCGCCCGUGUUUUCGCGUACAGACACGGUCACCGACUCUGAAAGGUUUUACAACUCAAUUUUGGAAAUCUUCGAAGACCCGGAUGAGAAACAAGAGGUGGACGACCUAACUGUGUGGUGGAACAGGCAAAUUUUCCUGUCAUAUUCGACUGCUCAAUGUCCCCUCGUCAAGAACAGUGCGCUGGCAAGAAUUCGGGAGAAGCGAGCGCAGAUGAAAGAAGUUUUUGUACCGGAUGGUGGUGGUGUGUAG